CUUUUCUGCCCUCCUCCCCCCUCCAGCCCCCGCGCCACCCCGGCCACCUUUUCCCGCUGAAGCCGCGGGGCUGAGACGCGGGCAGAGCGGCGGGGAAGCGAGUUUCUCGGUCUAGUGUUUUGGCCCUUGAGUCAACGGCUUCAUUCAGCCCGGGAGACCCACAAACGAGGAGUCAGAAAGACCGUGGAAGAGGGAGACGCUACCCGAAAUUGGAAGGAUUAAAAAUUUCCGCGGAGAAUUUGGGGGGGAGAAAAACGGGGGGGGCUGGGGGACUGGGGAGAAGGGCUACAAAAAAAAGUUUGGAAAACUUUAAAAACUCUCCACUUUAAACACAAAUGAAGGCCGCUGUGAUUGCAUGGAUCCCGAAACCAGCAUGAGCUCGGGAUAGCUCAGUUUGUCGGCGUGUUGGCUUCAUGUCUAGGACGUUAAGGCUUUUCUUUCUUUAUUUUUUUGUCAGGUAGCUAAGGCAGUGCGGAAUCAGGGCUCAGCCGGCGACUGCUGCACCUGUUGCCCACACACCUUGCGGUCUUUUCAGAAACGACACUGCAUCUGCCUGGGGAUAGGAUUUCUUCAAAAGCACCCCAGCUCUGCCUCUGUGACUCCUCAGCUUUCGCAUCCGGAACCAGAGCAUACAUUAAAAAAAAUAAAAAAUAAAGACGGCCCAAAAGCUAAAGGUUUUAGCGGCUCAAAGAUCUAGACCGUAACAUGAUAUAUAAAUCGGUGUAGAAAUCUCGAAGCUGGACUCCAGAUAGUGGGAGGUUACUGUAUUUUUUAACGCCCAUCGUUAUUUUUAAUGGUGUGAUUCAGUGGUUGGGGGAAGAAUAUGUGGACCUGAAAAUCACUGGACGUCCCAAAAAAAAAAAAACAGAACAAAAAGUCACGUACGGGACGGAGAGAAAAAGACGGGCUGUUUCUAUUCCAUCCAGAGGAGGACGAAGAGUAGUAGGAGGAGGAGGUGGGGUUUAAUUUCAUAUGAUGUCCGUGUCACACAGGUUAUCUUGCGGGAGAAAACUGCUGAACUUUUACGACCCGGCCCCCCUGAACUGAUCUCUCUCAUCACACCGAGCGAGACCCCUGUGCGAUCAGUGCGCAUGUCCCAAGGCUGGACAGCGCCAGAGAGGGAAAUUUAAAAACGGUUUGGAGAGAGACAAGUGCGCAGUCAAUAUACAAAGACGCACACACAGAGACAGCCCACCAGGACUUCGGCGUUUGUACCCCGGACAGGAGAUGAUAGAAAGCGGAAUUACCUCCAGGAUGUCAGGAAUUCUUGGAAAUUCAGGACAAAGUCACCACCCUUCAGCGCAGGAUUAUAGAUUGCUGACCACAGACCCCUCCCAGCUUAGCGAGGAUGAGCUCCCCAGUGACCUGCAGUCACUGUCCUGGCUGACUUCAGUGGACGUCCCCCGACUGCAGCAGAUGGCCACAGGCCGCCUGGACUUCAGCAUGAGCUCCCAGAACGCCUUGCAGCAGCCAGCCCAGAUGAACAACGUGAAUGUAGCUGGAGGACAAGGGACCAUGAUUCACCUGCAGAGCAAUAUGCAGAACAGCAUUCUGGGAAUGAGUGCAAUGGCAACACACAGUGGAAAUAUCCCACAGUACUCCAUCAGUGGCCAGCCCUCCCCCGGAUUCCAGUCCCCCCCUUCAGUCUACCAGCCCUCCGCUCAGCAAGUCUUCUCCAUUGCCCAGGCCGGCCAGCAGUGCUCCCCAGCUGGUCUCUAUAGUAACACAUCCUACAGCAGCCAGAGCCCGUUCAGCCAGCCCCGCCUCGCCCCUCACAACAGCCAGGACCUGCAGCCCAAGUCCUACCCCAAGCCCAUCUACUCCUACAGUUGCCUGAUUGCUAUGGCUCUGAAGAACAGCAAGACCGGCAGCCUCCCAGUCAGCGAAAUCUACAGCUUUAUGAAGGAACACUUUCCCUACUUCAAGACGGCCCCAGACGGCUGGAAAAACUCAGUGCGGCACAACCUGUCCCUGAACAAGUGCUUCGAGAAGGUGGAAAACAAGAUGAGCGGCUCCUCACGCAAGGGCUGCCUGUGGGCCCUCAACCCCGCCAAGAUCGACAAGAUGGAGGAGGAGAUGCAGAAGUGGAAACGCAAAGACCUGCCGGCCAUCCGGCGCAGCAUGGCCAACCCAGACGAGCUCGACAAGCUGAUCACGGACCGGCCGGAGAGCUGCCGCCGGAAAGCGUGUGACCCGGGGAUGACCCGCUUGCCCCCCGGGCAGGGCGGCCUGACCCUGCACCCCCCGCUGCCGCCCCAGCCCGUGAUGACCCUGUCCCUGCAGUCGCUGCCCCUGCACCACCACCAGCUGCAGGCACAGGCCCGCCUGGCGCCCGGCUCGCCCGCCCCGGCCCAGACCCCACCCCUCCACGCCGUGCCCGACCUCUCCCACAGCCCCCUCGCCCCCCAGCACGGCAAGCCGGCGCAAGACUUCUACAGCCUGCAUGGCGACAUGAGCGCCGAGGUGGACUCUCUGGACCCCAGCAUCAUGGACUUCGCUUUACAGGGAAAUUUGUGGGAAGAUAUGAAAGAUGAAAGUUUCAACCUGGAAUCACUGGGCGCCUUCAGCAACUCUCCGCUGCGUCUCUCCGACUGCGAGCUGGGGACGUCUGGCAUGACCCCGGUGUCUGGGGGCAGUGACCUCUCCUUCUCUGACCUGCAGGUGACUGGCCUGUAUACCACUUACACAACACUGGACUCCGUGUCAUCCCAGUGCAUGAACACACAGGGCAGCAACAAACCCAUCGCCCUGCUCUAACACGUACAGGAGGGGAUUUCUUCUGGAGACCUCGGACCUCAUCACGGCAAACUACAAGAACUUAAAGAAUACAAUAACGCAAAAUGAAACAUCUCCCUUUUCCACAGUGGAAUGACUUCUUGAAACCACUCCCUGGCAUCAAACCCCACCUCCUCUUAGGUUUGGGGACAACGUGUGUCAGUCCAGCUUGCAACUGCUAGUUGAUUGCAGUACCUAGGGUCAUUUUUCAUCCAGCUAGGUUUCACAGAAGAACAUCCCUUUGUCCUCGGUUAGGGCAGACUGAUAUUUUAUGAUUUUUAUUUUUCGUGCCGUUACACAAAGUAGCAAAGGCACACAAGAAAGGCAGUGAAACCAACACAAUACAGUUAAUCAGAAGACGGUGAAAUUCCUUACACAGAUUUUGAGCGGAGAGCUGAUGCCACCUAUUUCUUCAAGAUACAGUAUUUGUGUUGGACCUGACCUAUCACCAGCAUGGACUGGUACCGAGAUCUCCAAGCAAAAAAUAAACCAUAAUGGAGAAGAUGACGUCUAACCUGUGGUACUGGAGCGCUCCAGUCUUUUAAUAGGAGCUUUGUGAGACUGGCCUCGUUGGGACAUUUUAAACUUUGAACACUAUGAGCGAUCAUAUAAAGAGGAUGCUGAUGGCCAGCCAAAGGUUUAGAACGCACUGGAAAAGGAGUUCACUUCUUCAGUGCAAAACUGGAUUAAGUUGUUUUGUUACCUCCUCUUGUGAAUGUUAUAUUUACAACGAUAGUUAAGUGUCCUGUGCUUUUUGUACUUGUUAGACAGUAUUACGGUGUAUAUGUUUAUUUAUAUUUAUUGAUGUGACACAGUAGUGAUGAGACCCAUCACUCAGGCAGUGUUUACAUUUUCUUGAGCUGCAUUAUCCCUUAAUGUACCAGAAUGAGAAA